CACCGUGUUUUCUGCAGGUCUAAUCUGUAAUUGUCGUCACUAAUCAGUAAGCAUUGAGAUGCUGAGGCCCGGCUUGGAUUUCCUUCGGCCUAUAGAGUGUCGCAUAUGCCACUGCUAGCCUCCCCUCUCCUCAGCGGAAUGAUCGGCUAUGCUCGAGGGUCCGUCGAUGGAGCCUUGCUUUGCUUGACUCGUCCGCGGACUGCUUCGUCACUUGUUCCGGGUUAUGUAAUCAAUCCGAUUCUGCAAAUGCGCCCUGAAUUCCUGGAAUGGGACAACGGGUCAAGGAUCACGAGGGUUUGUGUUUGUGUACCAUACCUCACGAGCAGCGAUAUGACUUUGCCCAAGGUUUCAUGCAAGAAUGAGAUUCUCAUUGUGGCUUUGGGGACUCGAGGACCACCAGCUUUAUUAGGCUAAACAAACAGCACCAGCCGGACUUGCAUUACCGAACAAAAUGCUGGGAGCCAAAGACCGUGUUGCGCACACUGUUUGGUACGGCGUGAGAAGACCUCACUCGGACCAACCCUUGUAGACCAGUUGGACGGCCUCCUGUGACGGGAACCUGGCCUGGUGAGACUCGAAUGCUGCAUGGGUUGAACAUUAUGAAAUUCUGACGCAAAUCAAAC